AUGUCCAUUUCGAUUAUGGUGAGGGUGGGGUGGUCAAAGGGUUGUGUAGUAGAGGGAUCGUCUUUCAAAGACACCGUUAUCGGAUUGUCAGCUGACGUUUUAAAUAACCCCCUAAUUGCCUUUAAGACCAGCCGAACUAGUGAGCCCGCUCUUGUUCCUGGGUACCUAAGUACUGACGACGUCGAUGGCGAUAGUGGCCGGCCAGCUCCGGAAGUGGUUAAACUCAUCGGUAAACUUAUGAGAACUUCAAAAUCAUUACAACGAUUUCGUCCAUUACUUUUCCCCAUGCAUGGAAAGCCCCAUGAUGUGGCUGCUAUAGAAGCCAUAGAAGCCACAGAAGAGCAGCAGUAUCCUCGAGCCAUGAUUGCCGUCCGAGCAGACGCGGGCGGCCCUUUUGACUCGUCUGGAGUAGAGAAUAUAAUGAACCGAUUCUCCCAUUUUUCCGAGUCUGACGGUAUUCCCAGAUAUGCAUCUUUAAAUGCCCCUACCAGAAUCGACACAUUUUAUAUUCUCAUGUUUGCACAACGCUACGGCACUGAACCUUUUCAAACAUCAGGAUCUCAUACGACAUUAUAUGGAACGACAGCUGAGAUAAAAGCCAGGCUUCUUUCUAUAGCGCUGCCGACUUCGAUAUGGAACGACAAGCAGAGAAUUCCCACUGCGCUACUACGAUCUCAGCUCCACUGUGAGCUGUUUCGUCAUCCGGAUUCCAAAGAACCAGGACUCGAGUGUUAUUGGGAGGAAAGUCUGACGGAGCAGGAGGUAUUUUGGGUGCAUUACGAAUGGUGGGAAGUCGAAGAGGUCAAUACGGCAGCAGCUAACUCAGACGAUGGCAUUACGGCGGAAAAAUCUGUGUCCCACGAACGAGGACUGACACAGCUGCGCCACUUUAUUAAUAAGUCGAUCGCUCGAGCUGCGGCUUUCGGAUAUAUUUAUCUGAAUCGAUUCUUUACCAAACAAUUUCACGGAUUCUACCAGAUUGAUACCGAAGAUUAG